CAUGGCGAACGGAAGGACGAUGGACGCUGUCGUCAUUUUUCAAUAAAAUAAUUCGCAAAAGUGAGGUUAUUUUGUGAGAUUAUGGAUUUUCAAACCGGUUUAUUUUCAUAAAUUGUAAAAUCUGGCGAUUAAAUAAAUAAAGAAAGAGUGCGGUCUAAAUCGCUAAUUGCGAUGGCGGCCAUUGAGAUACCGCUUCGUGAUACGGAUGAGGUGAUCGAGUUGUAUCCCGAUCAACUUCCUGAUGGUGAUGAAGUUCUCGGAAUUCUACGGCAGGAAAAUGCAAGCCUUCACAUCUGGGUCAGCUUGGCCCUUGAAUAUUACAAGCAAUCGAAAAUUGAUGAUUUCAUUAAAAUACUGGAGUCAUCGCGUCUCGAUGCAAAUACAAAUUAUCGAGACUUUGAGAAAGAUCAGAUGCGAGCUCUUGACAUGUUGGCUGCAUAUUAUGUCCAGGAGGCGAAUCGCGAGAAAAAUAAGGAUAAAAAACGUGAUCUCUUCACGAAGGCCACUUUACUUUAUACAACUGCUGACAAAAUCAUCAUGUAUGAUCAGAAUCAUUUAUUGGGACGUGCCUAUUUUUGCCUUCUGGAAGGCGAUAAAAUGGAUCAAGCAGACGCGCAAUUUAAUUUCGUUUUGAAUCAAUCGCCAAAUAAUAUUCCAUCAUUGUUGGGAAAAGCUUGUAUUGCUUUCAAUAAAAAGGAUUAUCGUGGCGCAUUGGCAUUUUAUAAGAAGGCAUUGAGAACGAAUCCAAAAUGUCCAGCGGCCGUGAGAUUGGGAAUGGGACAUUGUUUUAUGAAAAUGAAUAAUCCGGAGAAGGCUCGUUUGGCUUUCGAGAGGGCUUUGGAAUUGGAUAGUCAGUGUGUUGGCGCUCUCGUUGGACUUUCAAUAUUGAAAUUAAAUCAACAAUUGCCAGAUAGUAUAAAAUCGGGUGUUCAAAUGCUCUCCAAGGCGUACACAAUUGACUCAACAAAUCCCAUGGUUCUCAAUCAUUUGGCGAAUCAUUUUUUCUUCAAAAAAGAUUACAAUAAAGUUCAACAUCUCGCACUUCAUGCUUUUCACAAUACAGAAAAUGAAGCGAUGCGAGCUGAAAGUUGUUAUCAAUUAGCCAGAGCUUUCCAUGUCCAGGGCGAUUACGAUCAGGCUUUUCAAUACUACUAUCAAGCGACACAAUUUGCACCGCCUGUUUUUGUGCUUCCGCAUUUUGGUUUAGGACAAAUGUACAUCUAUCGAGGAGAUUCUGAAAAUGCGGCUCAAUGUUUCGAGAAAGUACUCAAGGCUCAACCGGGAAAUUAUGAGACAAUGAAGAUUCUAGGCUCUCUUUAUGCAAAUUCAACUUCUCAAUCGAAGCGAGACAUUGCCAAGAAUCAUUUGAAAAAAGUCACUGAACAACUUCCGGAUGAUGUGGAAGCCUGGAUUGAAUUGGCACAAAUUCUAGAACAAUCCGAUUUAAAUGGAGCUCUCAAUGCUUAUGGAAUUGCAACAAAAAUUCUCAAGGACAAAGUCGGAGUUGAUAUUCCACCGGAAAUUCUCAAUAACGUCGGCUCUUUACACUAUCGUCUCGGCAAUUUGGAGGAGGCGAGAAAAGAUUUGGAGGAAUCAUUGUCGCGCUCGAAUCAAGAGGCAGAACACGAUCCGGGUUAUUAUAAUUCAAUAUCAGUGACGACGACAUAUAAUUUAGCGCGAUUGAACGAGGCCUUGUGCACAUUUGACAAGGCGGAAAAAUUGUACAAAGACAUUUUAAAGGAGCAUCCAAAUUAUGUUGAUUGUUAUUUACGACUUGGCUGCAUGGCACGUGAUAAGGGACAAAUUUACGAGGCUUCCGAUUGGUUUAAGGACGCAUUGAGAAUUAAUAACGAACAUCCUGACGCAUGGUCACUGUUGGGUAAUCUUCAUUUGGCAAAAAUGGAAUGGGGACCGGGACAAAAGAAAUUUGAGAGAAUUUUAAAAAAUCCGACAACAAGCACCGACGCCUAUUCGUUGAUUGCUUUGGGCAAUAUUUGGCUGCAGACGUUGCAUCAGAGUGGAAAGGAUAAGGAUCGUGAGAAGAGGCAUCAAGAUCGGGCCUUGGCCAUGUAUAAACAGGUGUUGAGAACUGAUCCGAAGAAUAUUUGGGCUGCAAAUGGAAUUGGUGCGGUGUUGGCACACAAGGGAUGCAUUAAUGAGGCGCGAGACAUUUUCGCUCAGGUGCGAGAAGCGACUGCAGAUUUUUGUGACGUUUGGUUAAAUAUCGCUCAUAUCUACGUUGAGCAGAAGCAAUACGUCAGCGCUAUUCAAAUGUACGAAAAUUGUUUGAGGAAAUUUUACAAAUAUCAUCACGUGGAAGUGUUGCAAUAUCUCGGACGAGCUUACUUCAAAGCGGGAAAACUUCAUGAAGCUAAAAUGACACUGUUGAAGGCUCGUAAAGUGGCGCCUCAAGAUACGGUUCUGCUUUACAAUAUUGCUCUCGUUCUGCAGAGACUCGCGACUUCAAUUUUAAAAGACGAGAAAUCAACUCUCACCACUGUAUUGCAAGCUGUUCAUGAACUUGGACUGUCAAAUAAGUACUUCCAAUAUUUAGCCUCACAUGGAGAUCGAAUGGAAACAUUGGCUGAAACUGAAUCACGACGUUGUCAAGAUUUAUUGUCUCAAGCGCAAUAUCAUGUGGCGAGAGCUCGACGAUUGGACGAGGAGGAGAAACUACUUCGCAAAAAGCAGGAAGAAGAACGGCAAGCUUUCAAGCUUCGUCAAACGGAGGAGCAGCAAAAAAUGGCGGAAAUGCGAAAACAGAAGGAAGAGGAGAUGUUGCAGAAGCGUCACGAGUACAGGGAGAAAACGAAAAAUGUGCUAUUAUUUUCGGAUAUGCCGUCGGAGAAGAAAAAAGGAAAGAAGGUCAGAACUGAUCAGUACGUCAGUGACAGUGGUUCGGAGGGUGGUGAUCGUAGGGAAGAUGUGCCACGGGAGAAGAAACGCAAAAGAAAAUCGAGUACCGAGAGGAAGCCGAAGGGCAAAGGAAGAAAGAGGAGAGUUGGUAGUGGUGACAGCGCUGGAGGUUCAGAGAGCGAUAGACCGAAAGCGAAACGAGGAAAGAAACUGGGAAGUUCGAAGAAAUCGAAGAAAUUCCAAGUCGAGACUCCCAAAAAGGGACGAAUCAUUUCUAAGGAAACAAUAUCAACGAGUGAGUCAGACAGUGACGAUAAUCGUCGUAAAGCCUCCCGCGGAGACGACAGCGAGAAAGAGGGACCAAGUGGAAAGCGAAGAAUCGUCUCCGACUCGGAUGGAUCACGAUCACGUUCACGCUCCCGUUCACGAUCAGCCAAGAGUAAAUCGCGAUCGAGUUCAAGAUCACGAUCGGGUUCACGAAAAUCUGGCUCUCGUUCAAGAUCACGAUCCGGAUCGCGAAAGAGUUCUCGAUCAAGAUCAAGAUCAUCAUCAAGAUCAAAGAGCGGUUCAAGAAAAUCACGUUCGCCAUCUGGUUCACGAAAAUCACGCUCACGAUCAAGAUCUGGUUCGAGAAAAUCAAGAUCGAAAUCCGCCUCACGUUCACGUUCCAGAUCGCACUCACGAUCUAAAUCAAGAUCAAAGAGUCGAUCCGUUUCUCGUUCACGAUCGCGAUCAGGAUCGAGAAAGAGUCGUUCCCGCUCAAGAUCGGGCUCGAGGAAAAGUGGAUCUCGAUCAAGAUCUGGCUCGAGGAAGAGUGGAUCACGUUCACGAUCAGGCUCGAGAAAGAGUCGAUCACGUUCAAGAUCUGGCUCGAGAAAGAGUGGAUCUCGUUCAAGAUCUGGCUCGAGGAAAAGUCGAUCACGUUCAAGAUCCAAAAGUGGAUCACGCUCGCGGUCUGGCUCACCAUAAUAUUCUUUUAUAUGAAAUGUAUGAAAUAUUUUACUUGUAUAUUUAGAAAAAAUGCGAAAAUCAAAUAUUGCAUUGUGGAUUUUUUUCUAGUUACAGGAGAAUUUAUGCUUGAUUCAUUUGCAAAUUUGACGUCAAGUUUUUUGAAAUAAUAAUUUGGAAAUUUUUGAUUUCUGAUAUUUUAUGAAACUUGAUUUUCAAUUGGCAAUGAAUUACGUUGGAAAUUAUUUUUUUAGAAUUUGAUUCUAUUUACAGUUUUGUCGAUUUUUCCGGAUUCACCAGAUUUUCAGAACUUAAGAAGAAUUGUAGACUAAUGUCGAAAUAUAUGUAUGUUUUCUAACAUUAGAAUCUUGUAUGAAAUGGAAGUUAAAAAUAAAACAUCAAUAGUGGAUUUUAGAGUAAAUUACAGUGGUCUUUGAAUAUUUUACUUUCUUCUUUAAAAUAGAAUUUUCAAUUUAAAGAAAUACAAUAAUUAUCGUAAUUCUUUUUUUUUUGCAAAUUGAUUUUUUCUGAAGAGAAUCGUUUAUCAAAAUUCGACCUUUUUUACUUUUUGGAAAUGAUUAAAAUAAAAAUAGAAUUGAGUAUGUAAUUCUUUUAAAGAAGGGAAUAAAGUAUUGAAAAAAGAGUGUAUUGUUUGAAAUUCUCGCGGUCUUUGCGCGACGGGAGGCACAUGCGUGUCGCUCACGAUCAAUAGUUGCUAAGUCAGUGUUUUACCAGCGGAAGGGAUACAGUUAAGAGAUUGCUUCACUUGCCGAUUGGUACUUUCUUGUGCUUACUGUGUGCUGAGAAUAAUGAGGUUUUUUUUAGAAAUCAAAAGAUGUCUCACGAGGAUAGCGCGAGGAGAAUUCUUACUCAUAAGCGCUGAAAAAACGAGACGUGUGAUAUAUAAGAGCGAUGCGGAGUUUCAUUCAACAGGGUCCGAUGCACCUGGGAAAAAAGCUAUGAUAUGAGCCAUGAUAUGUUUGAAUCACAAAUAAGCUAUUCUACUUCGGUUGUAAAUCAACAGUCCCUGCCCUAGGUGUGACUUUGACCUUUU